GACGUCACGUCAUUCGAUUCGAUUGCAUUUCGUUGAAUCGUGUUGCUGUUAUCCGGCUUAAAGUAAUAUAAUUUCUUUAAAUUAACACAAAUUUGUAAUGAACUUAUUUUAAAUACUUACAAAAUGCGGAUAACAAACUUAAGACGCGGAAGGAUCGCGCGAAUGGGUGGUAUAUGUGCAAUUUUACUGAUGCUCAUUUACGCUCUACACAAGUGGUCAAAUGAAAACGUCGGCAAACAACAGGUCCGAGAGGAUGUAAUAGUUUCGGAUUCCCUUAGUAAUUCUUUCAAGUCGCACCAUGAUGUUUAUCCGACCCUGAAAACCGAUGUGUUGGGUAACUUCGAGCCCAAAGCGCGGCGGCCAGUGAUUGGGCCCGGCGAGGAAGGCAAGCCCUACCACAUGUCACAGGACCGUGCCAACGACGUAGCCGAAUCGGAGAGCGAAUAUGGCAUGAACAUAGCCGCCUCCGACAUGAUCGCCAUGAACAGGUCGGUCCCCGACACGCGCUUGGAAGAGUGCAAAUACUGGCACUAUCCAACAGAGCUGCCCUCUACGUCGGUGAUCAUCGUGUUCCACAACGAGGGCUUCUCCGUGCUGAUGCGCACCGUGCACACCGUCAUUGACCGCUCGCCGCCGAACAUACUGCACGAGGUGGUGCUGGUGGACGACUAUUCCGAUAAGGACAACCUGAAGUCAAAUCUCGAUAACUACAUAAAGCGAUGGAAAGGCAAAGUGCGUUUAAUUCGCAAUGCGCAGAGGGAGGGGCUUAUCAGAACCCGCUCCAGGGGCGCCCAGGAGGCGACAGGGGAAGUUAUAGUGUUCCUUGAUGCUCAUUGCGAGGUCAACGUGAACUGGCUGCCGCCGCUGCUCGCGCCCAUUUACCGAGACUACAAAACCAUGACCGUUCCAGUUAUAGACGGAAUCGACCACAAGACCUUCGAGUACAGGCCCGUGUACGCCCACGACACCAACUUCAGAGGCAUAUUCGAGUGGGGAAUGCUCUACAAAGAAAACGAAGUUCCAGACAGAGAAGCCAACAAACACCCGCACAAAUCAGAGCCCUACAAGAGCCCAACACACGCGGGCGGUCUUUUUGCUAUAAACAGGAAAUAUUUCCUGGAAAUCGGAGCGUACGACCCCGGUUUAUUAGUUUGGGGUGGCGAGAAUUUCGAGCUCAGCUUUAAAAUUUGGCAGUGCGGCGGCAGCAUCGAGUGGGUGCCGUGUUCCAGAGUGGGCCACGUUUACAGAGCAUUCAUGCCGUACUCGUUUGGCAACUUGGCGAAGAAUCGCAAGGGUUCACUGAUAACUAUAAACUACAAGAGAGUAAUCGAAACGUGGUUCGACGAGGAGCACAAGGAAUACUUCUACACUAGAGAGCCGAUGGCGAGGUUCUUGGAUAUGGGGGAUAUAAGCGAGCAAGUGGCCUUGAAGGAGAAGCUCAAGUGCAAGGACUUCAAGUGGUUUAUGGAGAACGUGGCGUACGACGUGUACGACAAGUUCCCGAAGCUGCCGAAGAACGUGCGCUGGGGCAUGGUGCGCAACAAGGCCGGCAACGUGUGCCUAGACACCAUGGGCAAGGCGGCGCCCGCAUAUAUUGGGACGUCAACAUGUCACGGCGCCGGCAACAACCAGCUGUUCCGGCUGAACGCGGCCGGCCAGCUCGGCGUCGGCGAGCGCUGCGUCGAGGCCGACGCCGACAGCGUCAAGCAGGCCAUCUGCCGGCUCGGCACCGUCGACGGGCCCUGGAGGUACGACGAAGAGAACCACCAAAUAAUCCACCGGCUGCACGACUACUGCCUGACGCUGCAGCCGCACGCGCGCAACCUGGCGCUGGCGCCCUGCGACCCGCGCAACACCUACCAGCAGUGGACCAUCACGCACAAGCAGCCCGGCUGGUGAUACCCCACACUCUAGCUCUAAUACCCACAGACUACGCGGACACCGCAUUACGAAGCGUUUACAAAGAGCAUGAGUUCACCACACAUAUGUACAAUUUUACUUUUAAAAUGCUACGACCAGCAGCACAAUAGAGUUGUAUUCUAUGCUAUUUUAUACUAUAAUAACCUAAGAACACCCCUACAGCUUAACCUUUUGAACGCCACAGACGGCAAUUGACGUCAACGCAAAAUCGUGACAACGGCGCCAAAGACGGCAUUUAACGCCGAUCGUUAAUUGAUGAAAAUCUACUGAAAAACACCCCACUUUUAGGUUGGCAUUAUUUAUUCACAAAACUAAAUUUUACCCCCGUGGCGUCAGUGGCACGGCAAAUGGAUGCGCCGUCUGGCGUUCAAAAGGUUAAUAAUUAUAAAUAUAUUUAAAAUACCCGAUUAGUGGCCCUAAUUGUGGGCGCAGCUGAAAUAAGCGGUCGCUCUGUCAUACAAAAUUUGUACGGGAGAGCAUAUGUGUGGUGACUCCAUCUGACUUAUGUGCUCCAUCUAGUAGUUGAGGUGGUCUGUGACUAUACCUAAGUGUUCGAGGCUAUGCUGACGCGUGCGACGGUGUGGAGCAGAAAAACGAAAAGUGGCCUAAAAUGUGCGGCUAAAUGGACCUUACUCAUGAAUUCUGUCAGUUAAUCUGGGUGUGUCGAAUUUUUCAUGUUGGGAAUACACCAGCGGUCGCUAUGACUUGGGACGUCUUCAUUCCUUUCACCACCGAACCCUACAGUUGCAUUUGGGUAAUUUCGCUUAUAUCUCCUAGGACCUCGUGGUAGUGUGCCACAGCCGGCAACAGCCUUAAAACAUAUAAUGUCUCAAUAUUAAGCGCAGAAAGCAUAUCUUGGUCUCGUUUAGCUCCCAAAAACGACCUAUUAAAACUGGAGGCAGUAGUAAUCACAAACUUUCUAUACAGCCUCCUUUUUAGGGUUCCGUACCCAAAGGAUAAAAACGGGACCCUAUUACUAAGACUACGCUGACCUUCUGUCUGUUUGUCACCAGACUGUAUGACCCGUGAUAGCAAGGCAGUUUAAAUGUUCACAGGUGAUGUAUUUCUGUUGCCGCUAUAACAACAAAUACUAAAAACAGAAUAUAAUAAAUAUUUAAGUUGGGCUCCCAUACAACAAACGUGAUUUUUUCGCCGUUUUUUGCGUAAUGGUACGGAACCCUUCGUGCGCGAGUCCGACUCACACUUUGCUGGUUUUUUAAUUAUGAUCGAGAUGAUAGGAUAGAUCUUUAAUGUCUUUGUUGCCUUUCGUAGAACUAAACGAUUCUCCCUUUUGACAAUGGGCAUGGCGUUUUGAUUCGACGUGGCACUGUGAAUGGGAACUGUAUGGCCAUGAAUAAAUGCCACGUCAGUUAUUUUAAAACUCCAUCGACUGCAGUAAUAUAAUAAUUUUGCCUAUAUACGUCCCACUGCUGGGCACAGGCCUCUCAUGCACGAGGGGUUUUGGGAUAUAGUGACGACUGCAGUAACCGAAUAAAUUAGGUUACAGUGUUCUUAGAAUAUUUGUAUGUCUUUUUUGUUCUAUACGGUCAGUAUUGUCAGAAUAAGACAAAAGUUAUGAAAUGUAUGCAUUUAUUUAUUUUUAAAUUUAAUUAGUCGUGUCACCUUUGUCAGAGUACUUUUUUUCACGGAGAUAUUGAUGAUAUGUCUCUCGCUAUUCUUAUUUCUCUUCUCCUAGCCUAGUUUUAACUCUACGGUGGAACACACGUCACAAACUUACGUACAUACAUUCCCGUAGUUGAGUAAAGAAAUAUUUACCACCUUGUCCCGCGGUAAAUGAAGAAUAGACAUAUAUUAUCUUAAUUAUCUAUUAUCAUAUUAAGCAAAUUCUAGCCGAUGUAUAUUUUGUAUAAUGAUUUCUCCAAGGUACACAAUUAUAUUAUAAUGAUAUAAUUGUGUACCUUGGAGAACACAGAUAACUAAUAACUAGUCGUAAGACUUAUUGCAACGGGGUAACGUGUAAUACUGAUUACCCAACAACAAUGUAUGUUCAUUGCUCAAUUACUCAGCUCUAUAGUUCGUUUUUUUAGCAUUAGAAAUAAGGUAAAUAAUCUUGAUGUGUCUUUUAAUUAAAAAACACAUUUUAAAAAUAAGUUGCGGGAAAUAUGUAAUAAUUAUGAAUCUAAUACGAUCAUUUAUAUUCUUUUGCGUUCAUAAGUACUUAAUAGUUUUUGAUUUUUAAAAAGCGUUUUUCAAUUAAAAGACAAAGACAUGUCAAGAUCGCUUACCUUCUUGCAAGUUCUUUCUAAUGCUAAAAAACGAACUAUAGGACUGUGUUGCCGGUCUCUGCGAUCGUAUUGUAGGUAUCUCGUGUACCUACGAGUAUGUAGCUCAGCCCAGAACUAUAAGUUACGCUACCGACUAUGCAACUUUUCAAAGGGACAGGUUUAUUUAUCCGUUCGACUUAGUUUUUAUUUUAUUUGAAGAUGUAAAUUAUUUAAGUUAAUAUUUGUGAAACUAACUUGUCAUAGUUUGACGUGACGUACCAUUUAAAAAGUAAAUUAUUAAAAUUGGAGAAUUGUACCAAUAAAAACAAGGAAAGAAAUGAACACAGUUCGGCGAUGACAGUAUUGUUAGUAUUGUGUAAUCACGAUUUACUAGACGUUUUGACAACGUUACUCAAUCUUUAUAUUUGUCUUUAAAACAACUAAUACAUUUGAAUUAUUUUAGGUAUGAAAGUCCCUUUCAUGAAAGCAUCGGUUAUAAUAUAAAAUGCUCAUACCUAACUCUCAUAAGGUACUUAAUAAAUUUAAGAAGUUCUAUGGGUAAUACACACAUUAUUUAUACAGCCAGGGAUCAUUAGUGAUAAAACAAACAAGCUCAUACGAGCUUGUUUGUUGAAUGCUCUGUGUCUGUAGAAUGCUCGUAGCAAUCGAUUUAUAGGCAACUUUAGCCUGCCUAGGUCUAGUUGAUAAUUUAACUAGAUUGUACCUAUAUUUAACGAUUAAUGUUUAGUUGUAUCAUUAUAAUAAAAUUUGCCUUUAUUUGACAAUUGUCAUGUAGUAAAUAGUGUAUAAGUUAUGAAUGACUACCUACUUGCCAGCAUUGCUUCAAUAAUAAAUGCCGACAAUUUAAAAUAUUUCACUCCAAUCAGGCGUACAGAGUAAUUUGCGUCUUAUUUCUUUAUUUUGUGUUAUCAAGUAUUUAGUUAAAAUUCAACAUGCAAUCUAGAUUUGAACGUUUCUUGCUCAUAGUUAUAUUGUUUUACUUUUUUAUUAUGUUGCAUAUAAAUUUAAGUAAGAAAUCAAUUGCAAUCACAAUAUAGCUUUUUUAAAACGAACAAUGCGUAUAAAAUCACGGCUCCUUUAUCGAUUUUUUUUUGUAAUUUCUGAUUAAAGCUUUAUUUCUUAUUACAUUUAGUGCAGAUUACAUCAAAUUUGCUGUUGAAGUCUUCGUAAUUCCCGAAAGAGAUAAGCUAUGCUGAAGAAAAUAAGUGCGAUAAAAACUAUAUAUUUUAUAGAUCAAACUCGGAUGAGUCUGGUUCUAUAAAAUAUUCAUCUUAAUCUCCGCUUCCACACUUGCACUUAUUUAACUUAGUUCAGUUCGUUGAUUGUGCGUGUUGCAGUGCACCCACCCUUAGGUACUGCUGCGCCGAACACUUCCUACCGAACUCACUGCUUCGGUGCAAACGUAGUACAGACAUUAGUUUGGGUGUUACAUAAAUCAAAUCGAUGUAGAACUUAAAGAAAAUUACGUACUUAUUAUAUUAUUCUGACACUAAAAUGUUUUUCUAGACUGAUUAUUUAUAAUACCGUAAUCUAUUGUCUUCCUUACAAAAGUAUGUAUGUAUUGUCGUCUUAAAUGUGUAAAUUGUCGAGAUGUUAAACCCAGAACGAACCCGUUUUUUGUCAGUGGGAUAUACAUAAAUAUUACUUACGUUAUUUUGUAAACUGAAGUAUUUAAUACCUUGACCAUACAUAUAAGAAAACAUUACUAAGUUUUUAUCUGUAACCAUUUUUAAUUUUAAUAAUAAGAAGCAAGCAUGUUGGUAUGUCGCACAACCUUGAAAGUCGAAGCCAUUAUGAACUGGUCCGCCGGAAAUAUUUAAAGCGUUGGCAACUACUCUAAGCUGAAUUGGCUGGUAUCAAUGUGUAUACUUUUGUACAAAUUCUUAAAAAGUUGUAGCACUGAACUAUGUAUAAAUCUGUUCAUUGAUGAUAAUGAUUAAACACAGAUGAUUGGAGAUAAUCUCACUAAAGGUAUUGCUGUGAUUCCGACAUUUUUUAUAUAUUUUCAAGGUCGAUGUAAAUAAAUUAAUAUUUAUUGUU